AAACACACACACAGAGAGAGAGAGAGAGAGAGAUCCUUCACACCUAUCUUUCUCCUACCAUGGCUUCUUCCUCAUUUGUUAUCAAAACGCCCUGUUCAUCUGCCAAUAUUGGUCCUGGGUUUGAUGUGAUCGGCCUGGCAUUGUCGCUCCACCUUGAACUCCAUGUCACUAUUGAUUCCGCGAAAGCCUCACAACAUCCUCUGAAUUGUAUCGUCACAUAUGAUGAUCAAAGCAACAGCACGGAAGAGAUCAGCCUGGAUCCAGAGGUGAACUUGAUCACCCGUGUAGCUCUGUAUGUACUUCGAUGCCAUGAUCAGAGAGCGUUUCCCGCGGAGACCCAUGUCCAUAUUGUAAAUCCUAUUCCUCUGGGUCGGGGUCUCGGUUCGUCUGGUACCGCAGUGGUGGCCGGUGUGAUGUUGGGCAACGAAGUAGGCCGCCUUGGAUUGAGCAAGGAACGGCUACUAGAUUAUUGCUUGAUGAUCGAGCGGCACCCGGACAAUGUCGCUGCUUCUCUCUUUGGAGGCUUCGUCGGAACUUACUUGAACGAACUCAAGCCUGAGGAUAUAGCCCGCAUAGAGAUUCCACUGAGUGAAGUUUUACCCGCCCCGGCCGGGGGUAUCGAUACUGGCAUACGGCCUCCGGAGCCUCCACUUGGUAUCGGCCACUAUAGGAAGUUUCCGUGGGCCAAGGAGAUCAAGGCCAUUGCAAUCAUCCCAGAUUUUGUGGUGCCAACCGCCAACGCACGAGGUGUCCUACCCACUGCCUAUUCAAGAGCCGAUGUUGUCUUCAACUUGCAGCGCGCUGCCUUACUCCCUGCAGCAUUGGGCACGUCUCCUCCCGAUCCAGACAUGAUCUAUCUAGCCAUGCAAGACAAGGUUCAUCAGCCGUAUCGGAAGACCCUUAUCCCAGGUCUAACAGAAAUACUCAAAUCCAUGAACCCGAGCACGCAACCAGGUCUGCUUGGGAUAUGCCUAUCGGGAGCAGGGCCAACAAUCUUAGCUUUGGCUACUGAUAGGUUCACUGAGAUCGCAGAACGCAUCAUUGCUAACUUCGCUUCCAAUAAUAUAACCUGCCAAUGGAAGCUCCUUGAACCUGCCCAGGAUGGGGCUACAGUCCAUUAUUAACAUCAUUGCCUACCUUCCAUCAUAUAUGCUACCUACAUAGGGAUAAAUAGCGGUGAUGAAUAAAUAAUCCGUUACUUUAACCAUGGCUACGUUAUAAAGUGGGAUAUCUUCAGAGUGGUUCUUUCCUUUGCCGUGUUGGUAAGGGGUGGGCGAAAUCAGCAUACAUAUUUUCUUAUUUCUUAAACAAAAUUUACUUAUAGGUAGGGCUCUUAGAGAAGUAUAAAGUGAAGUUUAG